CUUCUCGUGGUUGUGUGUUAAACGUGCACAGUUAAAUACAUUACAUAUCUCGUUGACACUACAAACCAGCGAUAGAAGGAUGGCCCUUGCUCAGAAGAUGAACGUGCCUGUGGCCGCUAAGGCCCAGGGCAUUGUCGCUCCCGCUGUGCGCCCUAUGGCCGCGGCUCGCCGUGUGCGCAGCAGCAUCCGCGCGCAGGCCAGCCAGGCCCUGACUGUGUCGCAGAGCAAGGCGGUCGCUCCCAGCAACGGUGCUCCCGCCCCUCUUGCUCAAGUGGAGGAGGUCGACAUUGCUCGCCACAUGAACGACCGCCAUGCCCACAUCCUGCGGUACUUCCCCACCGCGCUGGGCGUCGAUGACUUCAUGGCCCGCACUGAGAUUGUCCUGGGUGGCUUCGGCUUCACCGGCGACAACACCAUCGCCAUGACCAACCUGUGCCGUGAUGAGGUCACCCAGGUGGUGAAGGACAAGAUCGAGGCCGCCUUCGGCUCCUCGUUCAACACCAACGGUCUGGGCGCCGUCCUGACCUGCGGUGUGACCGGCAUGAAGGCCGGCCUGUCCCACUCGCCCGUGUGCGCCGGCGGCCGCGAGCGCUACGUGUUCUUCGCCUUCCCCCACAUCGCCAUCAACUCUGAGGGCGAGGUUGGCGCCAUCUCCCGCCCCGGCCGCCCGAAGAUGUCGUGCGCCUGCGGUGCCCUGCAGAAGUGCCUGGUCGAGCUGAAGGCUGAGGGCGUGGACGCCGCCGUGCGCGCGCCCGGCCUGCACGACCCCAUUGAGCCCGAGUACAGCAUCCUGAAGCAGCGCCUGGCCCGCCGCAUCCGCUACGAGAAGCUGGACCCCCAGCUGAUGGACCUGCCCUCGCUCACCGCCCUGGCCGAGCGCACCAUCUCCGACGACCUGGAGUACCUGAUUGAGAAGGCCGUCAACCCCGCCACCUCCGACUACGCCGUCAUCACCGGCGUGGAGAUCCACAACUGGGCCGCGCACCUGGAGGAGGGCGGCGACCCGUCCAUGGAGUUCAUUGCGCCCACCAAGGCCUACGUGGUGGUCAACGGCGUCAAGACCCACCUGGACCUCAUGAUGGUGCCGCCCAUGUCGUUCCGCCAGCUGCAGCUGAUGGCCGCGCGCUCCCUGGCCGACGUGCCCCCCGGCGACAUCUGCGCCGGCCAGCGCGGCAGCGUGCUGCAGGAGAUCCCCUACGGCUACCUGGAGAAGCGCAUGGGCGGUGCCGCCACCACCGGCACCGUGGGCCGCGCCGCCAACCCCGUCAACCUGCAGAUCGCCGCCGAGUGGCCCUCGUGGCAGAGCCGGAUCCGCCGCGACAACAACGCCGCGCCCUACACCCUGCACCAGCUGGAGCGCGACAUGUCCGCCCCCACCAUGGACUCGCCCGAGCUCGCCAACAUGAACUAAGCGCAUCGCCCGAGAGUUUGCAGCCUGGCGAGCUUGCUAGCUACCGCUAGCGAGCUUGCGGGUGCGUGCUAGCUGCCGGAGCUUGGCGAGGGCAGCUGCGUUCGUGCGCUCGAUUUUCAGGGCUUACUGUGUUGCGUGGCGGUGAUGAUGGUGUGGUAGUACUUUCGAACGGUUUCGAGGGAGGGCACAGCGGGCUGCGGCGGUGCCGUGCGGUUGGACGCCUCUGUCUGCCACACUCGCAUUCAGUGGCGCAGCAGGCGGUGGCGGCUCUCAUGGCCCCGGCCCGCCUGCAGCCGCGCCUGCGGUAGUGUUGGAGAGGUAUCCGGGAAUCAGCAGCAGCGAAGGGUCUCCCUGAGCGCUUUCACUGCUUGGGAGCUGCGGCGCGCGGCUCGCCCACGCAUGAGUUGACAUUGGGAGGGCUGCUCUUAAUCGGAGCUUGUGAAGCACAGGGGUCAUUGUCUACGUCGCAGCAUCACUGCACAUCGCAUUGCGUUGCGGAUGUGCCUGACUGGAUUUGCGUUUGACUCGAUGACUUGAUGACACGAAUCACAUAGCCAUGACACACCAAGAGCUAGCAUGACUGGAUGGAGUGACCCCCAUAGCUAGAGACAUUGACGGAUGAGAGCAUCUCGAGCUCAACACAGCAGGAGUGGAGUGGGAGCACGGUCAGGCGGUUUUGCUACAUGUAGGCCUGCCGUGUUUGCAUCUGAAUGUAUAUUGUGCGCUGUGUGGGAGGAACCCCAACAGCAGAGCGUUGCGUGCGGCGUAUUGGAGGUGAUCGCCUCGACGCCAAGAGAAGAAGGCGCGGAGCAGGCGGCUGUAACAACAGAAAUGA